AUACCCAAUGGGACCAUGACCCCAGGGUCUACCGCACGUACAUCCCAAUACCCAAUGGGACCAUGACCCCAGGGUCUACCGCCAUACCCAAUGGGACCAUGACCCCAGGGUCUACCGCCAUACCCAAUGGGACCAUGACCCCAGGGUCUACCGCCAUACCCAAUGGGACCAUGACCCCAGGGUCUACCGCCAUACCCAAUGGGACCAUGACCCCAGGGUCUACCGCCAUACCCAAUGGGACCAUGACCCCAGGGUCUACCGCCAUACCCAAUGGGACCAUGACCCCAGGGUCUACCGCCGUACAUCCCAGUGUGACAGACUGUGUGUGGACAUUGGCAGUCAUGUGGGCGAGACCCUCCCCAGAUGUCUCCCAUCAAUACACCCCCAAAUGUUUGUCUGCACACAAAGGAUGCACCACUCCUUGUCACCAUGGGGAAGAGGUUUGGCAGGAUGGCUCGAGCUUGAGGACCACCAUCCGAGCAGAGAAUGAAGUAGAGGCAAACAAACUGGCCAACAACUACAGGUUUGGCUUCAGAAAGUGGAAGAGUCACGUGACUGAGAGGCCCAUCGAGGACAGGUCGGACAUUGUGAGGGAGCUGUACUCAGAGCUGAACUUUGUCAGACCCCAAGGUUCAUUGAUCACUUGUGGAAACAUAGCAUACUUGAUUUUAUUUGGAUGGUGGAUCUCUUUAGCCUACCUCUUGGUCUGUGUCCUAAUGUUUCUGACCAUCAUUGGAGUUCCCUAUGGGAAGCUGUGUUGGAAGUUAUCAUGCUACUUUCUGUGGCCCUUUGGGAAGUCCAUACUAAAGCCCAGAAGCCUGGUCAGGCGAUGCUGUGUGAAGUUCCCUCACUGUGAGGCCAUCCCAGAGGAAUCUGACUCAAAGGAGGUGAAGGAGUCUACACCCCUGCUCAUGCCCCCUUCUGUCCCCAUCGAGGUCCCCCCACAACGGACGCGUUACUGGUGUCGUGUCAGUACCUAUGUGUGGUUGUUGCUAGGCUACCCUCUCCUGGGGCUGAUCCACAGCCUGGCCUGCUUCCUCUCCUGGAUCCUGGUCUUCACCAUCCCUGUGGCCAAGAUGAAUGCCCGCACCCUGGCCAUCAUCCUCCUCAUGCCCCCUGAGGACGUCCACAUCCACCGGCUGAAAAAGCAACAAGGGUGUGAUAGCCAAGUGCUUCUCUGUUGCUACCACGCCUUCAACUGGUACUACUACAAAUACACCUUGGAUGGAAUCAAUGUGUUCGCUGUCAACCUGCUGCCCCUGGUCAUCACAACCCUGGUGGUCGGCUACGUGGACACAGAGAACCAGUUUGUCAGCUCGGAGGCCAAGUUCGGCGCUGCCGUCAGCUCCAUCAUCCCACUGUCCUAUUACAUUGGCAUGGGCAUCGCCAGUAUUUCAGCCCAGAGUAACUUUGCGGUGGGAGCAGUGGUGAACGCUACGUUUGGCUCCAUCACAGAGAUGACCUUCUACAUCACUGCCCUGUUGAGGGGUCACAAGGCCGGCACCAAGUGCUAUGAGGAGAUCGUCAAAGCUGCUCUCACUGGAACCCUGCUGGGCUGUAUUCUCUUUAUCCCAGGUAUCAGCAUGAUCAUCGGGGGCUUUAAACACAGGGAGCAGAGGUUCAACAGCCGCUCUGCAGGGGUCAGCUCAGCCCUGCUCUUCAUAUCAGUAGGAG